AUGGAACCCGCCGAGAAACGCAAGCUCGAUGCCGAGGCAGACGGUGAUGAGCCAUCACUCAAGAAAAGAGUAAUUGGCCCGUCGUUGCCCCCUCCCCAGCCUUCAGAGACCCCCGACGAGAGCAACAAAGACUCCCAAUCCGGUAGCGACAGUGAUAGCGACAGCGACGACGACUUCGGACCCGGCCUUCCACCCUCCCUCGGCGGCGCACAACCUACUCACACAACCGUCCAGUCUGCUCCCCAAAUAUCAGAAGCCCAGAAGAAGGAGACUCAGCGCGACCAAUGGAUGCUCCACCCACCCAGCUCGAGCGACUGGGCCUCUAAGAUUGAUCCGACGCAACUACGGAAUCGGAAAUUCCAGACUGGAAAGUCUGCCCGAGCACCGGGCUCGAAACAGGUGGAUGCCACAUGGGUUGAAACUCCGGAGGAGAGGAUGCGACGACUACAGGAUGAAGUGAUGGGUGUUAAUGCCGCGCCAAACCGCGCAGAGCAGCGUCCUUCAAAUGCGAAGGAUGCGGCCCGAGCUAAGGAAAUGGAAGAGAAAAUUAAGAAAUUCAAUGAUCAAACGGGAAAUAACAAGCGCCUCGAGAAAGAGCAAGCUGCAAGGAAAGAGGAAGAAGACGAUCCGAGUGCUCGUGCUUUUGAUCGGGAGAAGGAUAUGGCUGUUGCGUCAAAGAUUACAAGUGCGCAACGGCGGGAGAUGGUCAACAAAGCGAGCGAUUACGGGUCGCGUUUUUCAAAGGGCAGCUAUCUUUGA